AUCACAUUUUGGUCCAUAGUCUCACAAAUCACAUAUUUUGAGAGAUACAGAGAAAAGAGAGAUGGGGCUGAUCUCAAACAAGAUUCAUAGGAGCAACCUCCAGCCAGGAGAUCACAUCUACAGCUUCAGAAAAUGGAAGUCUUACUCCCACCACGGAAUAUUUGUGGAGGCAGACAAGGUGAUCCACUACACCAAAACCAGAAAAGAGGAACCAGCAAAUAAACUGAGACGGAGGCCUGCUUGUGGAAAAUGUGGUUUUGACCGAAAAGUUCAUCGAGGAGUAGUCAUAUCUUGCCUUGAUUGCUUUCUUUCAGGCUAUGAGCUUUAUCGGUUUGAUUAUGAAGUCCCCUAUCACCAUUUCCUCUUCAAAAGAUCAGGAACUUGCAGCACCGGAAGCUGUGAUGACCCUGCUGCAGUUAUAAGCCGUGCCACAGACUUGCUCAACAGCCAAGAUGGUUUUGGUGAUUACAACCUUUUCGAAAACAAUUGUGAAUGCUUUGCGAUUUACUGCAAAACAGGGAAGCAUAUGAGUGAGCAGGCAUGUUCUGCCAAACUUACUAUUAGAGCCGUUGCCCAAGCUGUCUUGGAUCAAAACUCUGGUAGACUUCUUGAAGAUGUGAGAGUUCAUGACCCGGAGAAUUACAUGAACCUGAAGGAGAAGAUUGACAAGUUGAUUCCAUUGCCCAUCAACGAAAUCAUUGCCAUUCUAGGAAAGCUGAAUGCAAAUGAGGAAGAAGUUGAGGAAUUGGAGACAAACCAGACGAUGGAGUAGUGUUACUUGGCGAAAGAGGUCUGAGUUGAGCUCACCAAACGUACUAUGUAUUCUCAAGUCCUAUUUCUCAAUAAGCAUUGAUGUUAAUAAACACUGUGGUAUUCUUCGUUUCCUUCUUGUUUAAUGACCAGUUUAUGCUUUUCAUCUAGGCAAGCAGCAACACAAAAUCCUAUCAACUUCAACAAAAUGU